AGAAAAAAAAAAGGAGGAGGAGAAGAAGGAGAAGGCAGGGGUUACGUGGUGCCGCUGUGGGGCGAGCUGCCGCCACCGAGGGCAGGGGGCGGGCGGAGGGACCAUGCCGCCGCCGCCGUAAUUGAGAAUGGGUCCUCAACGAUGCUAAGUCUACAAUGGGAAGUGUCACGCUUCGCUAUUUCUGCUAUGGGUGCCUUUUCACAUCAGUGACCUGGACACUUCUGCUCUUUGUUUAUUUCAACUUCAGUGAAGAGAAUCAGUCCUUCAAGAAUGUGCCCGUCAAGGGGCUGGAACCUCAGAGGCCAUUUCCAAAAAAAUUCUACCCCCGUUUUACCCGGGGGCCAGUUCAUUUACCUGAAUUGCAACAGAAAGAGAAUAAGAUUGGAAAUCCUCUUGGAAAUCAUGUCCAGGACCCAGUUAAGGGGGAGGUAGACUUCUCUCCUGAAAUGGGAAUGAUUUUUAAUGAAGAAGAUCAGGAAGUGAGAGACUUGGGCUACCAGAAGCAUGCUUUCAAUAUGCUCAUCAGUAACCGGCUGGGAUACCACAGGGAGGUACCUGAUACAAGAGAUGCAAAAUGUAGAGAGAAGUCCUACCCUUCUGAUCUGCCGUCUGCCAGUGUUAUUAUCUGUUUCUACAAUGAAGCACUUUCUGCCCUGCUUCGCACAGUACACAGUGUCCUCGAUCGCACUCCUGCACGCCUUCUUCAUGAAAUUAUUUUGGUGGAUGACAACAGUGAAUUGGCUGACUUGAAGAAAGACUUGGUUGAAUAUGUUAAAACUCAGCUUCCAAAAACAACAAAACUGGUAAGAAAUGAGAAGCGGGAAGGCUUGAUUCGAGGAAGGAUGGUUGGAGCGUCUCAUGCCACAGGAAAGGUGCUGGUAUUUCUGGACAGCCACUGUGAGGUGAACAAGAUGUGGCUGCAGCCGUUGCUGACUCCGAUCAGUGAAGACCGCAGGACUGUGGUGUGCCCCGUGAUUGACAUAAUCAGCGCCGACACGCUUACCUACAGCUCCUCCCCGGUCGUGCGUGGAGGGUUUAACUGGGGCCUGCACUUCAAGUGGGAUCUCGUUCCUGCGUCAGAACUGGAAGGACCCGAGGGAGCUACUGCUCCGAUCAAGUCGCCUACUAUGGCAGGAGGCCUGUUUGCCAUGGAUCGUGAGUACUUUAAUGAACUUGGACAGUAUGAUAGUGGCAUGGACAUCUGGGGAGGAGAAAAUCUGGAAAUAUCUUUUCGGAUCUGGAUGUGUGGGGGCAGACUCCUGAUCAUCCCCUGCUCCAGGGUGGGACACAUUUUCCGUAAAAGACGUCCCUAUGGCUCACCACGGGGCCAGGACACCAUGGCUCAUAACUCCUUGAGGCUGGCACACGUGUGGAUGGAUGAAUACAAGGAGCAGUAUUUUGCUUUGAGACCUGAGCUAAGGAUGAGGAACUAUGGAAACAUUACUGACCGUGUAGAAUUGAGAAAAAGAUUGAACUGCAAAUCAUUUAAGUGGUAUUUAGAUAAUAUCUAUCCUGAGAUGCAAAUAUCUGGGCCCAAUGCCAAAGCUCCACAGCCAGUUUUUAUUAAUAGAGCACAGAAACGACCAAAAAUAAUCCAGCGUGGAAGGUUGUAUCACCUUCAAACCAACAAAUGCCUGGUUGCCCAGGGCCACCCAAGUCAGAAAGGAGGCCUGGUAGUGGUUCGGGAAUGCGACUACAACGAUCAAAACCAGGCUACUUUUGCUCUGUGAAUACUUGAAAAAUACACGGUACUGCUCAGUAAGAUGAAGGAGCAAGGUGAACGCUACCUGGGAGAGCGUGCAAAGGGCUGGGAAACAAAAUUGGGCCUUCUUGAGACUCGUUGGUCACGCUCCUUUGACUGGAAGAUGGUAGUCUAUAAUUUUGUAGUUCGAAAUAGCACAGGUAGGAGAGGUGAGAGGAUUUAGCAGAACAAAGGUCAGUGCAAAGAAGCCUGAAGUAACAAAUCAAGAAGCAGAAAUACUGAAUGUGGAUUUUGCAAGCUGAAGACUAAUGUGGAAUGAAAAUUUGUAGUUGAGGUGUGGUCGUGUGGAGGAAGUGCCAAGACUGCAAAGUAAACUCUUCUUAAACUCUCCUACUUGAAGUCAGCAGUGUGUCCAACCUCUUUCUGUAAGCGGAACUGAGAACGCAUGAGGUAGUGCUCGCCAUAAGAACUCGGGUGUCAAAGGACACUAGAAAAUAUUUAAGGACUUGGAAAGAUCAGACAUCUGCAUUUCAUUAUGAAAGACUGAAGGAGUCUUAAAAAAGCAAGUGUGGAUUCUACUCAAAACCAUCAUGUCUAAGGUUAAUCAGAUGGUGAGUAGAUGUGAAGGAUGCUGAAGUGCUUCGUACUGGAGCCUGUUCCAAAGGAAAAGAAGUAGAAGUAGUUACUGAUAAACUUGGAAGAGGAGCAUCGAAGAAUGAAGGUUUUGGAAGGAGGCAUAAUGGCCAACACAAGACUAACUAGCAGGAGUGUCUGUGAUCUGGCAUGGGUUUGUCAUGCAUCUGAUGCUUGCUUGCCUUUUCCUGGCCCAAAUGCUUAAAGCCAAGUUCCUUUUCUAGAAAAUCUCCUCCCAGUCUGUGUAUUUUUUUCUGCUCUUGCUUAGAAAGAGGUUAUUCUCCUCUGUGCAUUUGCUUCAUUUCAAUAAUUCCAGCUUUCUCUAACUUAGCAACAUAAAAAGCUUUAAAAAUGUGACUGUCGCCAGUCAGGCUGGGAAGUGGCCAGGUCUGUGAGCGUGUGCCUCUGUAACGGGGCUCUGAUAGAGAACAGGUUUGGGCAGAAAAAUUCAGAAAAGCUCUGCUUCUACUUUUGUAGAACCUCACAAAUGUCAGCAUGCACACUUCAGUCUCUGAUUCUUGAGCAGUUUGUAGAAGGAAGCGCUCACUAGAUUCCAAGUUUAUCUGUAAGAUCUUCCUCCCUCAUUCUCUGCAUCACGGGUGUAAGUUUGUUUUUCUGCUCCAACGCGUGUCUAGAGUGAGCGUGAAGGAGUGCAAGCUGAGUCUGCCUGCUGCUUUUUCAGCAGAUGGAAGAACACAGCUCUGCAGUCCCUCUAACAAACUGUCACACAACGUCAGCAACACUGAAAAAUGGAGCAGGAAGCAUACAUCAGUUUUUUUU